UGGCCGGUGGCGCCGCGGCGGGCGGGGCGCGGGCUUGGAGGCUUUCUUGUUCCCUGCAGAGGAAGAAUUUCAUAAAUAUAUCACUGGAGCUCACCCCGGGGCUGUAGUUCCAAACAAACCCCAAAACCUUUUCAGAGUACUGCUGCUUGAAAUGUUUCAGUUUGUAUCUAGUAUUGGUAUUGCUGGUGGGAGUCAGAAUUUUCCAAGUUUAUGUGAAUGGAAUUACUGUAUCUGCAACAUAAAUAAUCAGGUGGUGCAAAGACAGUGAUUGACAGCUCUAGACAGUUGUCCUUAUGAGAGUGACUUUUCUUCAGCAGCAGAACAGACAAAAUCUGCACAAGCAGGUUUCCAAUACAGUGGAAGUAAAAUUUUUCUGGAUAAAACAUUAUGAAAAAGAUAUUCCAGGGUCUAAGGAGCUGCGUGGGGAUGUAGACUCCAAGCACAAGUACAACAAAAAGCAUGGAAGAGAAAAAGAAAGAGGAGAAACCAGAAGAGCAACUUACAGAACCUGAAUCAGCUGUCCCAGAAGCCUUACUAGAAUUUCAAAUUGAGACAAAAGAAGCAGCAAUUGAUUGUGUUUUGUCUAACCUGAAACAAUUGAAAAAAAGGAACAAAGAAUAUCAUGAAAGAAAUGACAUUCUGAAGGAAGAACAGCAGGCACGCAUCAGGCAUAUACUAAGGCAAAAAAAAGAAAAGGAGAAAGAACAAGAUGAGAAGGAGGUUGUAACUAAGGAUAAUGUGGAAGAGUCACUGAAAGCAAAAUGGCAGUAUGUUAAGGACCAAGAACAACUUCUGAAAGAUCUGCACUUUCAAAUUGAAGAAACUGGCCAAAGAUUUUUAGAAAAGCAGGCUGAGAGGGAUUAUUGGUUGGAGUACAAAAACGUAGGAAGUAAAGAACAGGCCAACAAGAUUAUGAAUCUGGAAAAAGACAUUAAGGAAGUCAAAGAUGACCUUCACAGAACUACAGAAUACUAUAGAAAUGCUUUGAAAGCAGUGAAAAAAGAAAAUGACAGGAUGCUUGAGAUGCACAUGAGGUUAAGUAAGGAACAGGCCCCUGAGAAUGCUGUAAGAUACUUAGACAAAAACAGUUGCAGAGAAAUUGAAGAGAAUGAAUGGCUGAAAGAAGAGAUUAAGAUAUACCAAAAGGAAGUAAGUGAUUUGAAAGCCUCUAUUCAGCUCCUGGAAGAAGAAAAUAUCAGUUUAGUAACAAAACUGAUUGAUGUCAGACUUCAGAAUCUGAGAGUACCCAGGCAUUUGUUUCUUACCCAGGCAGCUGACUUGCAAGAUGAAUUUCCUAAGGAAGAAAUGAAAGAAUUAGAGUAUAAAGAGUAUGCAGCGAAAGCAGAUGGAGAUGAAAGCCUCAGAAGUGCCACAGUCCCCUGUCAGAAAAAUAAGGCCUUUGCAAAGAUUCAGUCUAAAACAGAGAAGGAGAAGUAUCAAGACAGUGAUGAGGAGCCGCGGGAAAAGUCUUUCACUCCAACUCUUGACAGCUUGUUGUAUGAAGAUGAAAAAGUUUUCCAGGAAUACUUAAAACUGGGCCCUCUGGAAACAAAUCUAAUUGUGGUUGGAAGAGCCAUGCCUAUUCAUAAAGAACCAGAAGAAAUGCCAGGCAGGAGCCACACAGAAGAUGGCAUUAUUGGUAAAUCAGACGGGCACAUCACAGCUCAGAUGAUCAAGGCCUUGUCUAAAGAAAAAUUUGGUUAAAAAUAGACAAGCUGUGCUGUUAACAAAUGUAACAUUCUCAGUUCAUCAUUAAACACUUGCUCUGAUCUUCAAGGA